CUGAGCUUUUGUCUUCGGAGAGGCUUUUGGGUUGUCAUCUCGCGCUGCUGGUUGGCCGUCUUUCCUUCCGACUCCUUACUACCAGAUAUUACAGCGAGCGGGCCACUCACGGCUCUUCCUCCAGGAGGAUCCAGAGGCCUUCCAGAAGCAGAAGGCAGCUCUGCUGCUCUACAAAGGAGUGGGAUCCUUUGAGCCAUGAAGCAUAUGUUGAACCUCUAUCUCUUAGGUGUGGUGCUGACCCUGCUCUCCAUCUUCGUUAGACUGAUGGAGUCCCUGGGGGGCUUACUGGAGAGCCCAUCUCCUGGGAGCUCCUGGACCACCAGAGGUCAACUAGCCAACACAGUCCCCAAGGGCCUUCCAGACCAUCCAUCCAGAGGGGUGUGAUAAGACCUCCCUCCACCGGCUGUAACCUUGGAACACUGGCCUAAAUACGUCCAGCUGUACCAGUUCCUGGGUAGGCAAGCUCAGCAUCAGUGUUAUCAGAGAACUGACUGUUACUAGGCCCUUGAAGGGCCUCUCCACCUGCAUACUCGUUGCUCUGGAAAAAGCCUGUUUAAUACACAGAUAUGAGUGGGUCGCCUGUGGCUGUGGAAUGGAGUGAUCUCACUCUUCUCCCCAGUCCGCCAUAUGCUUUGCUGUCCUUGGCAGCAUGGCUCUGUCUUCUCUUAGACGGGGACUUGUGCUGCAACUUCAGCUGUUGGGAGAUUGUGUUAUUUUCAACUCUACUUUCUAAGCAUCUGCCAAGAGUUCCUUUGGGUUUGGGUGUCUUAUGGUCAGUUUAUUUGUUCAGUUUCUCUUCCAUGAGAGCUCCUAUGUGUGCGGAUAACAGUUGAAGAGGUGUGUGGGUUGGCUAUAGGAAGGGGGAAGGUGGAGUAUUCUAUGUCCCGUUCUCAUUGUUUUACAUUUUUAAGUCACUCCUCCAACAGCGUGUAUGUGUGUGUGUAUUGGUCUGAAGAGGCCAGUGGGAUGACAGUGCCUGCUCAGGACAUGGGCAUUUUGGCCACCGUGUGGCUUAAAUUAAUUUUUCUAAUGAAAUAAAGUUGAAUGUAUAUUUCUACAAUGUGUCUUGUUGACUUCUGCCCUUGAAAUUAGUGGUAGGGAAGGGUCUUAAUUCGCAGAUCUGAGGUUUCACAUCUUAAAACUUUGGAGCAGGAAAGUACAUAAAACGCUUUGUUUAAAAUAUAAAGUAGGGAUUUCCCUGGUGGUCCACUGGUUAAGGCUCUGUGCUCCCAGUGCAGAGAUCAUGGGUUCGAUCCAUGGUCGGGGAACUAAGAUCCCACAUGCCGCAUGGUGUGGCCAAAAAAACCAAAAGACCAAACCAAACAAAAAAAAUAUAAGGUAAAUAAACCUCUGAACUUGGAGGCAGGCGUGCUUGGGUCUGCCCUGUAUUAACCAGUUUUCUGAGCCUAGGCCAAGGCCAUUAGAGUUCUCUCUUGACUCUGUCCAUAUCUAAAGAAAAAGAAAAAUGAUAAUUUCUUCUAGCCUCUCACCUUCAGUCUCUGGAGAAAAGAAGACUAUCAGUCCAAUAGACCAUGGCUUUUUUGUCUACGUUCUUAUCCACCAGACUGACUACUGAGUUCCGAUUGUUCUCCAGGUCAGCUGGUGAAAUGUCUGGACCUCACAGAUGAUUGUUUCUGCUCUCCCAGACCUAGCAACUUGGCCUUUCCAUAAAAAUGGAGGUCUUUUUUUUUUUUUCCUUCAAUUCACCCCCCUCCAUCCCCACCCCAUGUUGAAGCACAUUCCCGUCUCGGCCUGUGGUAAUUUACACACUUGUUUUGGUGUACACAUCAUUUUGUUUAUGGUGAGUUCGAUUUACUUUUGCCAAAGGGUAAGAAUGGUGCAUGGUGUCCUCUGCUAAGUCAGUUUUACUUCCUGAGUGUUCUUAAGCUUAAGUGCCACUACCCUAGAAACCAGUGGUUUGGGCAUCACUUUUAUUUAUUGCACUAUGGUAGUCAUUAGUGCUGUUUACAGAUAUUUCCAGCUUCCCACCUUCUGGGCACAUGAUAAGAUUGUACUCCCU